AUGCAGGUGGAGGAGGAGCAGGAACUCUAUGCGAAGUUGAAGCAGUAUGAGGCACAGUUGGAGUUGCUGACCAUCCAGGAGGAGUAUAUCAAGGAGGACCAGGCUCGGCUAAGGAGGGAGGAGAUCCGCUCCAAGGAGGAGUUGAAGAGGAUCCAGGCUAUUCCUCUUUUGCUGGGGCAUUUCGUUGAGAUGGUCGAUGACAUCCACGCCCUGAUCUCGACCAGCUCAGGCUCCUCCCUUUUCGUGCGAGUGUUGUCCACGCUCGACCGGUAGCUGCUCAAGCCAUCUUCUUCGAUCGCCCUCAACCGGCAUUCCAACUCGGUCGUCGACAUCAUGCCGCCAGAUUCUGAUGCCACCAUCCAGAUGAUGCAGGUCACGGAGAAGCCGGACAUCUCGUUUGCGGAUAUCGGGGGGCUGGACACUCAGAAGCAGGAACUGAAGGAAGCCGUGGAACUGCCGCUGACCUGCCCGGAACGAUACCAACAGAUCGGCAUCGAUCCUCCUCGAGGUGUUCUUAUGUACGGUCCGCCUGGGACAGGCAAGACCAUGAUGGCCAAGGCAAUCGCCCAUCACACGACCGCCGCCUUCAUUCGCGUCAAUGGCAGUGAAUUCGUCCAGAAGUACCUAGGGGAGGGCCCACGCAUGGUCAGGGACGUGUUUCGGCUGGCAAAGGAAAACGCACCUUCUAUCAUCUUCAUUGACGAGAUCGAUGCGAUCGCCACUAAGCGAUUUGACGCCCAGACUGGGGCUGACAGGGAGGUGCAGAGGGUGCUGAUUGAGUUGCUGAACCAGAUGGACGGGUUCGAGCAGAGUGUCAAUGUCAAGGUCAUCAUGGCUACGAACAGGGCUGACACUUUGGAUCCCGCUUUGCUGAGGCCUGGCCGGCUUGACCGGAAAGUCGAGUUUCCUACCCCAGACCGCCGCCAAAAGCGACUGAUCUUCCAGACAGUCACCGCCAAGAUGAACCUGGCCUAGGACUGCGACCUCGAGCAGUACGUCAGCAGACCUGACAACAUCAGCUGCUCGGACAUCAGCGCCAUCUGCCAAGAGGCCGGCAUGCAGGCAGUCCGCAAGAACCGUUACGUGGUCACCCAAAGCGAUUUCGACAAGGCCUACAAGAUCGUCAUAAAGAAGACCCAGAAGGACUACAACUUCUACAUCUGA